AUGGCUGGUGGCGAUGACUGGGUGUGAGUGACGACUUCCGUCAGCUCAUCGUGGCGCGGUGGCGCGAUAACUCGUGCACGAACAUGACUGACCCCCGGCUCCUCGUCCCGUCGUCACAGUUACUACGCUUACAAGCCGUCCUAUGCACUCGGUGAGCAUACAUUCGGUUUCUUUCUUUCUUUCGCCUUGAGUGCGCGCACUGACUCCUUUACCUCCGCGUCGGACCCUCGGGCCGUGCCCUCUCCACUGCCCGCUCGCUGUCGCAGCGAUCGCGGCUUCGGCUGUGUUUGGCGUGAUCUUCCUCGCGCACUUGUUUCUGAUGAUCAGACACAAGGCGUGGUAUGUAAGUAACGAUGCUCUUGUUCUGUCGACCAUCACCUUGCAUCGCCUGCACCGCACUUUGAAUGGCCCGCGGAGGCGUGUCGACAUCUCGACACCGAUGGCCGAUGGGCUCCUUCAAGUUGCUGCGCUGCUCCGUCUACAUAUAGCCUCGCCCGUCGUUCGACCCGAUCAUAAUACGAGCGCGCGCCACACCGGUCGGCGCGGCGACCCAGUCCGCCCGCGGAGAGCCAACUGCCGCAACUCGCGAGAGCGUGGGGCGCACGUCGGAACCGAGCCCUCUUCCGCGUCUCACCUUCCGACCGUACGGCGUACACGAUCCAUAACAUCGGACUGCCCCGGCCGAGCGAAGGGAUUCGCUUUUCGCGGAACUGAUCCGUUUCUUCGAUCAUGGUGUACAGAUGUGGCCGUUCACCGUCGGUGUUGCGGUGAGUACCUCUCCACCCACUUCGGGGAUCUUCGUUGAGUUUGGCCCAGUUCGCUGACCUUGCUCCUUCUGCACCGCACAGGGAGAAUGCAUCGGAUACGCGCUUCGACGAAUGUCGGCGGAACACCCGCGAGGACGUAGUCAAGGACUGAUCUGGUACAUCACCCAAGAGGUGAGCAUCCUUGCACUUCGUCUCCAGGAAUGGCAACGGCGGCGGUCUUGGAGCAAGGAACUGAUCUUCUUUCUGGCGACUCGACCCGUCUGUAGCUCUUCAUCAUUCUCGCACCCGCUUGUAUGGCCGCAUCCCACUACAUGUGUUUCGGACGGCUGAUCUCCUACGUCGGAGAGAAAUAUUCGCCCGUGCGAGCGCGACGCGUGACGGCGAUCUUCGUCUUCUUCGACGUGACCUCGUUCUGCAUUCAAGGUGCCGGUGGAUCGCUCUACUCGAGUUCGAACCAAAGCAUCUUCCCCACCGCCAAGGCCAUUGUGAGUUGCCGAGCGGAGCCCGUUUUGUUUCGUCCGAACUGACGUCGUCGAGUUUUUGUCGCGCUCCCCAGCUCACCGUUGGUUUCUUGAUCCAAAUCAUCUCCUUCGGAAUCUUUGCCAUUUUCGCUAUAAUUUGUGCAUUCUCAACCUCACUCGCAAGAAGCGAAAGCAUGUUGCUGACAUUCCUUUUGGUUCGUGGCUUCGCACAGAUCAAGUCCGUGCUCGACGUGCCGGUGAACUCGAGGGGAAAUGGACCGCGUGCUUGUACACCCUUUACGCGGGCGAGUCUUCCUUUCAAGUCCUUUUCAUACCUUGAAUGUGCAGCUCACACAUUGCCCAAUUGUCCUCGCGCUUCAUAGGCACGGCUCUGAUCUUGAUCCGGGGCAUUUACCGUACGAUCUCGUUCGCCACCGGAACGGGCAACAGCAAUGGCUACCUCCUCUCGCGCGAGGCAUGGUACUACGGACUCGAGACGAUCCCCAUUCUCUUGUGCACCUUGUUGUUCCUCGCCUCUUACCCGGCGCGGUACAUCCCUUCGGACCGCUCGUUGAGGCUUGACCCCGAGGAGGUGAGCAGCGAGACGGGCACGGACGAAGAGAAGAGCGCGGGCGAGGACACGCGCCGAAGGAGGUGGUACGGCCUCAAGAGGUGA